UACUGUUUCUGUCGGCAUACUUUAGUAUCUCUUAAAAUGUUCUAGUGGUAAAACUUCAAGAGAUCAAAAUUCUAGAUUGGAUCAAUAAAAUCCAGUUUAAAAGAUUAGAGUCUAGCUCUCACAGUAUUGUCCUUCCAGAUGAAUCCUCUAAGCUGUUUCUAUUCCUGACAGAAAGGUGCUUUACCAACCGUGCCCAUCAGAUUCCUGUACGCCUCGACUGCAGCAGCUGUAUUUACAGAUGACUUCAUCCACAGAGAUAGACUCUCAAACACCAAUCUGGCUCCCUGUCAGUCCAACUCUGUUUGACAACACAAUGUUUGCUUGUUGGUUGAUGUUAAAUUGAAGGCGUGAGCCUGGGGGAUACUCCCUAGAGGACUUGGAGUAAAGGGCAGCUGACAAACACAAAGCCAACAGAGCCAGUAUCCCAGACAGAGACAAGAGAGCCAAGUCUCAGAGCCAAAGAGGGACGGGUCACAGAGCUGUGUUGAUGUGUAUGUGCAGGGGGGCUGUCAUGACCUCCCUAUCAUGGUGUCGGAUAACAGCUUCUACAGACAGAAGAGGACUAAAACAGAUGGAAACGUAUGCAUGGAUACCUACUCACUCCUCUACAGUUCCUCACACAGAACCGGACUCCUCUCUGGCUUCCAGCGUUUGCGGGACCAGAAGAAGAUGUGCGAUGUCGUCUUGGAAGCAGGGGGUGUUUCCUUCCCAUGUCAUCGCAGUCUGUUGGCGAGCUCCAGUGACUACUUCUGGGCCCUUUUUGGGGAGACUACCGCAGAGAGAUCAGCAGACUUCAUCAGGCUCUCGGCGCUGACGCCUGAGGGUUUGAAAGCCAUUUUGGAUUUCUUGUACUCAGGGUGGUUGAGCAUUUCUUCCUGCACACUUCCUGUUGUCGUGGAAGCAGCCCGGUACCUCCAGGUGGAGGCGGCGCUGUCAAUAUGCGAGCAAUUUAUGGCGGAUGGCUUAACUGCUGAUAACUGCUGCUACUAUGCUAAUCUGGCUGAGCAACACUUCCUCUUGAAUGCCCUUGACGCUGCAAAUCAAACCAUUGCCAAGAAGAUGGCUGUUCUGCUGGGGAAAAGCAGGGUUGAUCUCCUUGGGUUGAACUUUCCGUCACUGAUGGCGGUGCUAGAUGCAGAUGAGAUACCUGGGGUCAAGGAGGUGGAUCUCAUAAGACUUUCUCUAGACUGGCUGGAUGAAAAUGGGCCCCUUCCACUGCUAAAGUCAAACCUUCUGCUGAGUCGUCUACGUUUCGGAUUGGUUGCGCCUUCAGACCUUUCUGACCUUUGCCACGGAAACAGAGCCAUGGCCACUCCUCUGAUCAGAAGUCAGCUGACUCGGGCUCUUGAGUACCAUCAUAUGGGUUCAACUCAGCCAAUAGCACAAAGCAGACAGUCGACCCUUAGAGGAUCACCCAAUCGUGUGCUUCUUGUUGGUGGUGGGGUUAGCCCUGAUUGGCCAGAACAACAGGUGCUAUCGUUCGACACCAGUAGCAGGAAGUUUUCAUCGCCAGGUUUUGUUCUACCUCUGAGACUCAGAAAUCCCUGCGUCUGUUCGGUGGGAGGUUUUCUCUUCGUGAUUGGCGGUGAAGACAUGAAAAAUAGCAAUGAGAAGUCCGUCACUGUGUCGACCUCAAGCCAAGCCUGGAGGUACGAUCCACGCUUCAACCACUGGAAGAAGAUGGAGUCCAUGCUGGAGAGGCGGGUGCAGUUCACCUGCUGUGUGGUGGAAGACGUCAUUUAUGCUAUUGGGGGACGACAGUCAAAUCCGGACUCCAUGACAUACACUUCCUUAGCUUCUGCUGAGUAUUGUGACAUGGCUUCAGGAGUUUGGAGGAGAGCUGCAGCGAUGCCUUGCCCUCUUCACGGCCAUGCAUCUACCGUGCUUAACAAGAGCAUCUAUGUGUCAGGAGGCCUCCCUGCCCACCAGGGUGGCAUCCAUGGUAGUAACCAGGAUGUAAACAGGGAAAUAAGUAGGGAAUGCCUUUCUUGGGACAUGACGGCCACAGUCUGGGAAAAGAGGGCAUCCAUGUCCAUCCCAAGGUUUGGUCACAGAUUGGCAACUGCCCACGGUUACAUUUACGCCCUGCUGGGGAUGUACGAGCAGUUUUGUGACAUUGAACGAUACGACCCGCAGUCAAACCACUGGACCCGCCUCAAACCACUCGCAAACGGCUUGUUCAACUACGGGAUGUUAACUCUAGCAUGUGGGAAUCUGUUGGUAUUCGGCGGGAGGAGGUGGAGCGACGGACAGCAGGUGACUGUAAGGAACGUGCUGGAGUACGAUACGAAGAAAGAUCAGUGGAGAGAAAUCGCCCAGCUUCCGAGACCUCUGACAGGCACUGAGUGCACUCUGCUGCCUCUGCCGGACUAGUAGACCUAAUUUGACAUCUAUAAAAAAGUAGCGCCUUCAGAAUAACUGUUGAAUAAUUACAUUCAAUUGCCAUGAAGAAAAAAUAAAAAACUGUUGCUGAAAGCUUUAAUGCCAGUUGUAGAAAUGAGGUGUCUGAGAUGAAAAUUUGAUCAACGCUCAACACAUUUUCUUUCCACCUUAAAGCUGCAGUAGGUAACGGGUCUUAGCGCUGUCAAUCAAUCCUGGGUACUCGCUGCUAAAUGUGCUAAUGGCAAAGAAAUAACUCACCAUAAGAGGAAAACAGUUUAUUCGUGGGCAUUUGUGAAUGCUCAGGCUAACUGCUGCUAUGCUAGCAGCAGCAUAGUAGAGAAAAGGAUGAUUGACAGCGCUAAGACCCGCCUCCUGGCUCUGACUGGUUGUUUCUAGUUAGCACCGGGAGAAGGCAAAGGAACUUCAUUUUUUCAAAGAUUUUUUUAUAAAAGCAACAUAUUGCAGCUUUUAAAUGAAAUUUUGUUAUAGAAUUUCUAGAUUUGCACAUUUUUAUAGAUUUAUUUACAGUAUAGUGAAAAUGUAUUCACCAUGUUACAGAUUUCUUCUGUUCUUAUAUUUUAUUAUUCUUUAAUAAAUGUUGCAGAUAGGCAAAACAAACACCUCAAACAAAAAUAACCUGAGUAAAAUACAGAAGUUGGAGGGAGCCAAAGUAGUUUGGUUAAUUAUAAGGUCCAUAAAUGAUUAUUUAUUACACAAUAAUAGGAAAAAAAACAACUAAAUAUUACAAAUUAUUUUGUGACAAAAAACAUCUAAAGUGACGUUUACUCAUCACUUCUGAUACUCCAAUUCAUUCUUGUUGUAAUGUCGUCAGAGGAAACGUAGAUGUUACAGCUAAUAAGUUAUGUUUUAUAAUAAAGCAACAACGGUAAGCAU